UGGUCAUAGCAGCAGGUAGAGGAUAUAAACAUAGCGGGAGCCUUAGCCCCAACUUCAUUUUAUGCUGCUGUUUGCCCCUCCCCCAGCAUUUUGAUAGUUUACCAUGUCUUGGUGGAGAAAAGAGAAGGAGGAGCAGGAGAUGGCAGAGGAGGAGGCCAAAGAACUGGAAGUGGCAGAAGAGGACACAGAGGAAGAGAACAUAGUCUCCUACUCCCCCCUUUCUCCUCAGACGUCAAGCACAGAGCAGGUCCAAGAGCUGAACAAAGCAGAGGAGAACUGGUUCUGGGGCUGGCUCUCGCCGUUCUCCCUCUUCUCCGGGUUGCCCACGCUGGCAGACAGGUACCGGCCCCCAGGCAACACGUGCUCUGAGUGCGAGAUCCUGUUCUGCAGAAAGUGUGAGGGGCUGCAUUACAACCCGGGGUUCAUAGAGCACUGCAUCCUGGGCCAUGGCAGGGAGGAGCCAGAGGGCUCGGGCCUCAUCAGCCCCAUUCUGAGCGCAGAUUCCAUCAACCUGGCUGUCGCUCCAGGGGGAACAGAAGAUGAAGAAAUAAAGAGAAAAUGA